AUGGCGACGCCGUGGCAGAUUCGCGUUCCCGCCAGCGAUACGGGGCUGUUGAAGUGGAAGCAGACAGAUGAGGCUGCUGCAAAGGUCUCUGAGCUGCUGCAAAAGGAUCUCGAGAGCCACCACGUCUUUUUCAAUGCAGAGGGCUUCCACAAUCAUAUUGUCCACUUCCUCCUCACCCUCUACGCCACCGGUGCAUCCCCCAGCACCCUCGAAGAGGCCUAUGCCGAAAACCACUCUUACCAAAUCAAAGCCAUGGACACCCAUCCCGGCGUCGUCGAGGAGCUCAAGAAAGGCUGGACGGAAGGCUCUCCUUACCUUUCAAAGGGGAAGCACUACCCCGACUUUCUCAAGUUCUUUCAAGACGAAAUUGAGGCAAAGGGGUGGGAAAAGGUCCUUUUGGAGUAUGUCUUCAAGGAGGAUGAGAGGAGCGAAGCCAUCUUUGGACGUCUUUUUGCUGGCUUCCUCCACCCCCUCAUCCAACUCAUGUACGGCAUCGAAUGGCAGCAACCCGCCAUCAUCGCCGAAGGCCUCGCCCAAGCCGCCGUUCACGAGAACCGCGCAGGCGGCUUCCUCGCCAAAGCCGAACAAGCCGCCAUUGCCUCCGCACAUGAUACGCCUCCAUUGCCGGAGCUCUUUGAGUCUGUCCGGCAAUUCAGCGAGAAGCUCGCCACGAGCGCGCGGUUUGACGACAAGAACAAGAUUUACGACGGCAUCUUUGUUCGUGCGCCGGAUGAGGCGCUGGAGUUUGUGAAGCAGGUCAGGGUGCAUGAGGAUGAGCUGGAUGAGAGGCUUGCUGAGAUGGUGCACUCGUGCGCGUAUGUUGCUGCGGCGGCGGCGUUUCAUCUGCCGAAUAAUCCCAAGUUUGACUUCUUUCUGAUUCACCACCUCAACUCGACCCCUUUCUUCGUCACCCUCCUGUCCUUCCCCUGGCUCCGGCCCUCUCAAAAAGCCCGUAUCCUCGAAUGGAAAAUCCGUCUUGAUCUUAUCCAAUACAUUGCUCGAGGAUGCCCACCGCUCCGCCUCGACGCUAUCAAGUCCUUCUCUCCGAAACGGCAGGCUUCCAGUUCCGCCACGAAGCCAGCUGACCUAGUCCCGCGGUUCCACGAGAUUAUCGAUGACGGGCAUACCAUCAAGGUCGUCCGCGCGCUGCUACUUGCCCAGGAGCUAUCUCAAAAGUAUGCUGGUAGGCCGUGGAUUCGCAUUGCUGACGACGAGACGUGGUUCAAGGUCCAUCAGAUUCUGUUGCAGGGCACAGAAGGCCCGCAAGAGCCUGCGUUGUGGGUGAGAUCUGCUGGGUUUGAAGAGGCAUGGAAGAAUGUGCCCAAGGAAAGGUAA